AUUGAACACAUUGGUACAAGCAUUGGAGGGGAAAUUGGGUGCUAUUGAACUAUGGGCUUCCAAGGUUUCUGGUUUUCGUUCUUUAAGUAGGAGACAGCAUAAUUUUGUGAAGCUGGAUUCAGAGGGAGAUGGACUGGAAAUGGAUCCCUCGCUGAAAAAUGAAGACUUACCAGGUUCGUUGAGAGAGCAAAAACAGUAUUCGAAGAAGCAGUGCAGCUCGUUGCAUAGCGAGACACAUGCAUUCUGGUCAGAUCAGCAGAAGCAUCUUUUAUGUGCACCUGAGAACUUGUCAAAAGGUGCGAAAGAAGAAGCUCCUGCCACUAAUGGAUAUCACUUUGAUCUAGAUUGCAACAGCUUGUCCAAUGAGUGCGGAAAAAAAGCAAAUGAGACCUCCACAUCCAUAGCUAUACAAGAGAUGAAUGAUGAUUUAAAAGUACCUACAGAAAGAGAUGGAGUUAUUUUAGUCUGUGAUUCUGGAUCCUCAGUUUCUCUUGCUACAGAAAAAUAUCUCCAUUUAUUAUCUGAUGAUGCAACCAACUCUUAUGCUUCAAAUCACAGUAGUGGCAAGAAGUUAUUUGGCGUUGAUCUUUCCAUGUGCUCACUUCGUGUUCGUCAAAAUGGAACACUUGACACUAAUAAGGAUUCCCCGAGCAGCAAAAUGUCUGAACAAAAGCUCGCCUACCAUGUCGACCCGCUAAAUUUUGGGUCAAUUGUUUCGGGAAGGCUGUGGUGCAAUAAAUUGGCGAUAUUCCCUAAAGGAUUUAGAAGCCGUGUUAAGUUCUUUGAUGUGCUCAAUCCUGUGACAAUUAGUAGCUAUAUAUGUGAGAUCUUGGAUGGUGGGCUCCUUGGACCUCUAUUCAAGGUUAGCUUAGAAGAGCAUCCAGAUGAGAGUUUUGUUUGUUCUUCAGCUCAAAAAUGCUGGGAAAUGGUUUUGCAGAGAGUCAAUAAAGAAAUCACAACAAAAAGAAAUCUAGGAAAACAAGAUCUUCCACCAUUGCAACCUGAAGAAAGUAUCGACGGGCACAAAAUGUUUGGGUUACUCUGCCCACACAUAGUUCAGUCCAUUGAAGCUCUUGAUGAAAACCAUCAAUGCCUGGAGUACUGGAACAAGCAGCUAAAACUCAAUGACGGGUGUGAAAAUGUCAAAGGGUCUUCAGGUUUAUGGAAGUCUGUUGACGUUCAGGAGCAGCCUCUCGUGUCAAGAUAUGCUGUGGUAAAAACAGGCCAGGGGUCGGGAGGCAAGUUGGCUGCGGAUGAGCAGCAGCAGCAAGCUAAUUCAGUAGGAAGUAGCGGAAAUCAUUCAUCUGACAAUGAGUUGCAGUUAGUACUUAGGAAACUUUUGAGUAAAGCUGAUCCUGAAGAACUGAAAAUAAUGCACAAGAUCUUGUGCAGCGGGUCAACUAGCCCCGAGUGGAGAGUAGCAUUAGCAACAUUGACUCAAGAGAUCCAAAGGAACAUGUAAAUCCCUACAAUUUUGGGAUCUCUUUUUAGCUCAGUAGGGGUUAUCGACAGCUUAAUUCUUUCGAAUAUUAGCAUAAGGAAGGGAGGAAUGUGAGGAUGAGUCGCGCAUGAGAUAUGUUAGUUGAACUUGCUCAUGUUAUAGAAGUAAGUUUUUGCUUUUGAA